AUGAAAGUAUUGACUCCCGAAAUUGCCUGGCACGAGACACUGCCAAUCUACUCUUGUGAUCUGCAACCUUUCACCUUGGCAUCCCAAGGAGUGCGUGAACCUUUCGCGGAGCUUUCCUUUAACGAUGCCUCAACAACCGAUGUGGUGAGGCUGAGAGGGGAGAUGACGAGGACAGAAGAAAACAAUGAAAAGAGGAAUAGCCUCACCCUUGGAAACACAUGGACAAGGUUGGCCACCGCAGGUGGAGACAGCAUGGUCCGUUUGUGGCGGGUGCACCUGGACUGGAGAACGUCGGGCUCUGUUACAAUCGCCACCUUCAAGAAGCCCCUGCCCAAGGGUCUUCUGGAUAGUAAUGCUGGCUUAAGCGACAAUAAGGCCUCUUCAGGCGCUCCUGGCGCCUCCACAGCCACGGCUACUGUAGCUGCUGGUAGUGACCCGAGUGAAGUCAAGGUAUCCGCACCUGUGCCCGAAGGAUUGGUCUUCUUAGCUACUCUGAAACGACAUGAACGGUUGGUCAAUGUUGUCCGCUGGUCACCGUCUGGUGAAUAUUUGGCAUCUGGAGGCGAUGACCAAUUUAUAAUUAUCUGGCACAUGCAACCUGAAUCUGUGGGUAAAUCAACUCCACUGUUGUUGCCAGGGGACAAUGGAGACGAAUCAAGAUCUCUGGAAAAUUGGUUGCCUCUGCGCUCCUUACGACGCCAUCUAGAGGACGUCUAUGAUCUCUGCUGGUCUCCUGAUGGUACUGCGCUCAUCUCGGGUUCGGUAGAUCAGUCGGUCAUCCUCUGGCACCUCGAUCUCUCUGCUGAGGUCACCUCUAGUGGGAUCUGCAAAUCGGUGGUGCUUCGUGACCACAAACAUUACGUUCAAGGUGUUGCUUGGGACCCUUUGGGUGUCUACGUUGUCUCACUCUCCUCCGAUCGAUCUUGUCGUAUCUAUAAGGUGGCAACUAACCAAUGUGUCGCCACUUUAUCUAAGGUUGAAAAGUGUCAUUUGUUUCAGGAUGAUACGUGGAAGUCCUUCUUUCGCCGUCCAGCUUUUAGUCCGGACGGUUUGCUCCUUAUCUGUCCAGCGGGAAAUCUCGAGACAGCUCCAUUUGCUGGCGAUAUGUCCUCUGCUGUUUCGUCGACUGCAAACAAAAGCGCCUCCAUUGCCUCUAAAGUUGAUGCUGCCGAUUCCGACGUCACCCUUUCUUCCAUCUAUGCGAGAGGUAUCGAGCUCCCACCGAAUGCAUCGCUUCUAGCCACCGCUCCACAACACGCCGCACAUAUUUUCUUGCGAAAUUGGAGCAAGAAACCAUGUGCGAGUCUACCGACGGGCUCACGGCCCGUAGUCGCCGUGCGCUUCUGCCCGCAGCCUUUUCGACUGCGCAUUACAAACCCCAAACCCGAAGUAGCCGUUUCUAGCCUCUUCGAUUUGCCCUAUCGGUGGAUCUUCUGUCUCGUACUUGAUGAUGGGCUCCUCUUCUUCGACACUCAACAAGUUCAACCCUUCGCCCAGGUUGGUCAAAUCCACUAUCAAUCGUUAAACGAUGCGGCAUGGUCAAGCGACGGUCGCCUGGUGACUGUGACAUCCACUGAUGGAUACUGUUCUCUCAUCCGCUUUGCCGUUGAGGAGCUGGGCGUCCCCUAUCGAGGACCGUUAGGGGUGAAAAUAAACACCCAAAUGGCCAAUUCUCCCGUCGAGUCAGGCUCUAAUGAGGAUCAAAAUUUUGUUUUGUCUGAUAUUACCGGAAGUAAUCCUUAUGCGAGCCAGACUUGCGAAUCACCCGAUAAAUGCAAUAAUCCUACUGAGAGUCUGAUUUUAAACAGAACUGAUCGUGCGACAGAGGUUACCCCGAAGAAGGAUGGGAAGUGGCAAGUAAGAGCAACGGAGACCCUGAAGUUCGAGGGCCGUCGACAUAUUUCCUUUGAGUCGAGCAUUCACACACCAGAGCGGCCACAUAUUCCACUUCCUGUUACUCCAAACACUGGUCGCUACCUCUCAGCUCCCGUUCUAGCCUCGCCCACGACCACAACACCCACCACCACUAAAUCGAAGCAGAUGAGUGAAAAGCGCCGUGUGUCAUUCAUCACACUUUCCAAGGAAAUUGAACCAAACACACCGACGGCACCACGUGUAACGGGGGAGGCAGAAAAGGAGCAGGGACAGCCAAAACAGCAAAGUGAGGGAACUGGGAGAGAAGGGUAG